GGAGUGAGCGAGUGAGUGACACUGUGAGAGCUCUAGCACCGUGUAGGCAGGUUUGGGUUAAGAAAAGCAAGCUGCCCCAUCUUCUCCCUGCCAUUUACCCUCUCUUCCUGCUGCGUCCUCUUCUACUCCUACUCCUCUUCCUUUUUUUCCAACCGCCUACCCACUGACUACCCCGCUCGUUCGAUUGGAGCCCCGUAGCUACAUAGGUAGUUCAAUUAGGUCGACGUUGACAGCGUUGGGAUGCCUAGCUCGUCGGCCUGUCCUCCGUGGCUGGUGCGCAUGGUGGCGGCAAACGACGACCAGGCAUCGUCGUCCUCCUCGUCCAAGGGCGGGGUUGCCGUGCUCACCACUGGCACGCCCACUAUAGACACGGGAUACCGCGGCGGUGGCGGGGAAGGCGGCAAUGCCGCCGACCCUCAGGAGAGCAGCAGUAGCGGGCAGUCCAGGCUCGCGGCGCGCGGCCACUGGCGUCCUGCCGAGGACAUGAAGCUACGCGAGCUCGUGGCGCUCUAUGGCCCCCAGAACUGGAACCUCAUCGCCGAGAAGCUCGACGGGAGAUCCGGGAAGAGCUGUCGGCUGCGAUGGUUCAACCAGCUUGACCCGCGGAUCAGCAAGCGCCCGUUCUCCGACGAAGAGGAGGAGAAGCUGAUGGCGGCGCACCGCUUCUACGGCAACAAGUGGUCCAUGAUCGCGCGGCUCUUCCCCGGCCGGACCGACAACGCCGUCAAGAACCACUGGCAUGUCAUCAUGGCGCGCAAGUACCGCGAGCAGUCCAUCGCCUACCGCCGCCGCAAGCUCAACCAGGCUGUCCAGCGCAAGCUUGACUCGUCCUCCGGGGUGGCUGCCGGUGCCGGGCACGCCGACGUCGUUGGUCACCACCACAACCACCACCUGUUCGCCGCCAACGACUCCUCCAUCUUUGCGGAUCCCUACGGCUUCAGCUUCAGCCACUGCUGCCUCUCUUUCCCUGCCGGCGCCGCCGCUGCCUCGGCGUUGGAGCCUACCUUCUGCUUGUUCCCCGGGCCCGGCGCCGCGUCCAACUCGGUGCACGACGGGCGCCUCUCGUGGCCGGACGCCAUGGCCGUGCGAGGAGGAGCAGGAGGUGGCGGCAUUCACUGGGAGCCGCUGCCGGCGCAAGGAGGCUGGAUCGGCGGCGGCCGCCACGAGAUGGCACGGUUCGACUCCGACCAGGCAAAUGGAGCGUCUGCCGCCGUGUUUGCCGUGACAGAUCAAGCUGGCGUUCACUUGGACGGCGCGUCGCGGUCGCCGACUUUCAUAGAUUUCCUCGGGGUCGGAGCGACAUGAUGGGUAGACGGAUGCAUGGAUCGAUGCCGAUGCUCUAGCAGAGAGUGCGUGCGGCAGGUGGAUCACUAGCUAGUUCUAGCCUCUAGACUAGAUAGGUUACUAUAAAAAGCACUAGCUAUGUUGGCUCUGUAUAUUUGGCUGCCUUGUUUGCCACUCUACUUGUUUUAACUCAUGUACCACAUGAACAUCAGCUUGUGUUUGCAGGGGAGGUCGAUGUCGGCAAUUUCAGCAGUUGACGGUA